CAAACCAUGAUCCCAAAAUGGACGUUAUUUGGAAAGAUGAUAUUUUUACUAAAAAAAACAAAACUGUUUUGUUACCAUAACAUUAGCAUCGCAUGUUUUUUUCUGAAUCGUGUUUUUAUUUAUUUAUUUGGAUUGUUUUGAUUGUUCUCAAAUUUCAUACGUAUAAAAGAUGUUGAUUUGAUUCUUGUUUUCGUGAAAUCAACACGGAAGGCCAAAAUGCAGAUUCCUCUUUUAACUUUUAAUUGUCAAGUGAAGCUUUUUUAUUGUUGAAUUUCAAUUUUCAGAGCUUUUCCACAAGAGAAAAGGUGAAAGCUUUUUGUUUAAUUGGAGUUUGAUAGGAGCAAAUGGGUUAUUGCCCUUGUUUUGGUUGGAGGAAAGGUAAGAAGCUGAAGAGUGGUGAGAAGAAAGAACCUGGAAAGAAACCCAAGCCUCCUGAAUCUCCUGGAAUUGGACUUGGAACAAAAAGCAGUGCAGCCUUAGGACAGGAACCAUCAGCUCCGAAAGAAGAGCCUAAUGCUGGCAACAGGGCUCAGACUUUUACAUAUCGACAACUGGCAAAGGCGACAAAAAAUUUCAGAUCAGAAUCCAUGAUCGGGCAAGGUGGAUUCGGGGCUGUAUAUAAAGGAAUAUUAGAAAGUAGUGGUCAGGUUGUAGCUAUUAAGAAACUUGACAAGACUGGUCUCCAAGGAGAAAAGGAGUUCCUUGUGGAGUUCCUCAUGCUUUCACUUUUGCAUCACCCUAAUCUUGUCAAUUUGAUUGGUUACUGUGCCGAAGGGGAUCAGCGCCUACUUGUCUACGAGUACAUGCCACAGGGAUCCUUGGAAGAUCACCUCCAUUAUAAGCAACGUUUUUUUGCAGAUCUUACAUCUGAUCAGAAACCUUUGGACUGGAACACGAGAAUGAACAUAGCUGUUGGUGCAGCCCAAGGGUUGGAAUAUCUUCACUGUGGAGCCAGUCCUCCUGUUAUAUAUAGAGAUUUAAAAUCAUCUAACAUACUAUUAGGUGAGGGCUUCAUCCCAAAACUCUCUGAUUUUGGGUUUGCAAAAUUUGGUCCAAGCGGAGAUAAAUCAUAUGUUUCCACCAGGGUCAUGGGAACCCAUGGUUACUGUGCACCCGAGUACCUCGCUAGUGGAAAAUUGACUACCAAGUCUGACAUCUUUAGUUUUGGGGUAGUCCUAUUGGAGCUCAUAACUGGACGUAAAGCUUUCGAUGAGAGCCGUGGUCGUGAAGAACGGUUCCUUGUUGAUUGGGUACGACCGUUUAGAGAUGAAAUGAACAUUACGAGCUUAGCAGAUCCACUGCUGAGAGGUCACUUUUCAAAACCUACCUUGAAGAAGGCUCUAGAAGUGGCCUUGAUGUGCAUCGAAGAAAAUGCUAAUUCCAGACCCUCUAUUUGUGAUGUAGUGCUUGCCCUGGAUUAUUUCAAUACCCAUCCAUACGACUCAAACGAAACCAAAAGGGAUAACCCCGAAGGGCUUGAGAACAAUGGCUCUCCAAACAAAACGACUAGGAUGUUAGACGUUGAUUCCGAAAGAGAACGAGCUGUUGCCGAGGCCAAGAGGUGGGGAGAGAGUUGGAGAGGGAAAAAAGGACCAGUAGGAUAG